GCUCCUCUGCUCGUCCGCAGUACAAGGCCUCGGUGACGCCGUGGGUGGGGCUCCGGAAAAUCAACGUGUCGUACUGGUGCUGGGAGGACAUGUCUCCCUUCACCAACACCACCCUGCAGUGGCUGCCCGGAGAGCCCAGUGACGCCGGGUUCUGUGGGUACCUGGCCGAGCCGGCGUCCAGCGGACUGAAAGCUCAGACUUGCAUCAACCCGGUGAACGGCAGCCUGUGUGAACGACCAGCCAACCACAGCGCCAAGCAGUGCCGGACGCCGUGCGCCAUGAGAACCACCUGCAGCGAGUGCACGAGCAGCAGCAGCUCGGAGUGCAUGUGGUGCAGCAACAUGAAGCAGUGCGUCGACUCCAACGCCUACGUGGCCUCCUUCCCCUUCGGACAGUGUAUGGAGUGGUACACCAUGAGCUCCUGUCCACCGGAAAACUGCUCCGGGUACAGAACCUGUGGCCAGUGUCUGGACCAGCCGGGCUGCGGUUGGUGCACCGACCCCAGUAACACGGGCAAAGGUCAGUGCAUCGAGGGCUCGUACCGCGGGCCCUUCCAGACGUCUGUCCCGGCCCCGUCCACCCUGCCCGGUCUGCUCACCAGCUCUCAGCCGGCCCUCAACGUCAGCAUGUGUCCCAGUGAGGCCAAAUACAACUGGUCCUUCAUCCACUGCCCAG